GUACCUGGAGCCAGACACGCCGGAUCCGACGCUCCGUUAACGAAAGGCGAAGGGAGCGAGCAGCGCGAGUAGGCGGGGAGAGCGAGUGUGCGGCGGCGGCGGCGGCGGCAGCGAGAGGAGACGAAAGGGAACGAUGCAGGCGCUGGCAAGGGCGUCGCGGGGGAUCGCGGCGACGGUGCGGCCGUCAGCGAUGGAGGCGGGGCACGGCGGGCAGCUGCAGCAGGCCCGGGGCAUCGUGGUGCAGGUGAGGGACGGGAACCUGGACCGGGCUCUGUCGAUCAUGGAGCGCAAGAUGCGGUCCAGCGGCAUGGAGCGCCUCAUCCGGGCGCGCACCCACCACCAUGUCAAGGACUCGGAGAAGCGCGUGCUCGCGCGGAAGGCGCUCAUGCAGCGCGUCCGCUCCCAGGAGCUCGGCAAGAAGCUCCGCGAGAUCCUCAUCAAGAAGAUCAGGGGGCAGUGAGGGCAUAUCUAGCAAUCAGCACAUCGGCAGUUUACCAGUAGUAUUACCGUACAUGUAAUCAGUGCCCAAUGAUGGAUAUGUUUGGAGUGGCUUGAUAACAACUCGUCGGCAACCUUGAGAGAGAAAGCUUUUGUUGUAUUGCAUCAGGGACAAAUUGAUGAUUUUGAUUAAAAAAAUGAUGAAUUGAUGUUUUGGUUCAAAAUAA